AUCUCUGUCUCCCUCUCUUCACCCCGUUUGCUCGCCCUCUCUUUUCUCCGUCUCUCUCCCAAUCUCUCUCCGAAUCUCCCCCUCUCUAUUUCUCUCCUUUCUCCCUCCCUCCUUUCCCCGUCUCUAUCUCUCUCAGUUCGCUCUCUCCCAAUACUCCCUGUCACCCGCUUCACUCUCUCCACUAAACAUCUUCCUCCCCUCUCUCUCUCCCUUCCCCCUCUUUCUCCCCACUUUCACUACUCCUCCCCGCUGCUCUAAACACUUUCUCGAAAUAGCUCAUUCUCUCUCCUCCCCGCACUUCCUCCACCUGUUCUCGGUUCCUCUCCUUUUCAGCUGCUCAUCUGUUGUUUGUUACUGUUCGGUCGGACGCGCUUGUCAACACGGGCUUCCUCUGACAACGGUUGCUUCCCCUUUCUGAGCUCAGAGACGCAGAGGACCCUCGACAGGAUGGAUGACAGCGAGACUUACAUGAAUGUGAAUUUCACAAAGACGGACGCACAGUCUCUUUCCCCAGCUGAACCUGAUGUAUCGUACGCGGAACUUAAUGUCAAGACCCUCUCGGCGCCCCGGGUCCGGACAGAUCGAGACGGUCUGAACUCCACCUACUCAGAGCUGAACUUUCGGAAAGAGGAACCCCGCAUCGAUGAGGACGAGGAUCCUCCCAUUGCCUCGGGACCCGGCGGGCUGCCAACCACGGCGCAAACAGGUCCACAUAAACAGGAGUCGAAAGAGAAAAUCGGAAACAGAUCGUACCGUAAGAUCUGCCUACUCUGCCUCGUUACGUCCAUCCUCAUCGCGAUAGUGGCCGGGCUCUCGAUCCAUGUAUCACGGACUCGUCAGUCUCUGAUCACCUCCGACCGAAACUACCGGAGACUUUGGGAACAACAUCAGGAGAUGAACAGGACCCAACGCCAAUGUCAGCAGCAAGUCCGUGAGUUGAACUCAACCCUUGCAUCCAGGACAUCUGAGAAUUCCCGCAUGGACCUCUCCCAGAGAAACUGUCUGAAGAAUAUUUCCGCCCUCAACAACAACCUAUCCAAUCUCGAAAACAACAUUACCGUCCUCAACUCCGAACUCUCAGAGCUGAAUCAAACACACACCGAUCUCCAUCGUCAAUUCAAUCAGCUCGAAACGAUGUACAAAACCAUCUCCAAAAACAAAGUUCAGAUUUGCCAGUAUCUCACCAGCAGAAGAGAGCAAUCGUGUCCUCAGGGCUGGAUGGAGAAUGAAGAUCGGUGUUAUUUCAGAUCCAGUGUGGGGAAUACUUAUGAUGGAGCGAGGGAACAGUGUUCAAAAUUCUAUGCAAGGCUCCUCGAAAUAAAUUCAGACAGGGAAAUGGAUUUUGUUUCCAGCUCUAUCGGCUAUGCAGACAGAACUUACUGGAUUGGAAAAUGCAGAGACGGGAAUGUGGCCUCUAAUCUUCUGUUCAAGAUGCACUAUAGACCGCCCAUCUGCAGUACGUGUUAUUCGAAUUCAAGGAGCUACAAUUGCAAAAGUAAAUACGGAUUCAUCUGCGAGAAGUCUGCAUAUUUAUACCCGGAUAUUGCUGAGGUGAUCCAAGGUCUUUGUCAACAGCCCGUGGGGCCGGAUUUAAUCAAAUGACUACA